GCGCCGCCGCCUCCCCUCCGCACAACACGUGCACGGCCGUAGCCUCGCGCCAGUUUUGGAUUCAGUCCUGCGUCGUCGUGCUCUUGUUCUCUCGGUGUGGAAGACCUAGGCGCGGCGGCGGCGGCGAUGACCGAAACGAAGGCUUUUCCCGCGGCCGCGGCGCCCAGCCGGCGGGACAUGAGGCGCCGCUUACGGUUGGAGCUUGACGCGAUGCACGGCCUCCUCGGCAAGGCGGAGGCGUUGGUGGCCUUGGCCCGGAAGGACGUCAAUGGCGGCGCGGCGGCGGCGGCGGUGGAGCCGGACUCGGCCUUGGCGAGGCGCUCCCCGUCCCGAGACCGCACGCUUCGUCGCCGCGGUCGGAGCGAUCGCGAGGACAACCGGGAGGAGUUCGAUCGAGCGAGGAAUCGCCGCGGCCAGCUGCGUGAUCGCGAGGAGUUCGACCGUUCGAGGAAUCGCCGCGGCCAGAGCAAUCGGGAAGAGUUCGACCGAGCGAGGAAUCGCCGCGGCCAGAGCGAACGGGAAGAGUUCGAUCGAGCGAGGAAGAUCGAGGCAGUGGACGUCGCACCGUCGCCGUGGCAGCUCGAGGAGGGCGAGGUCGCCCCGCAAGUCGUUGCACCGUCGCUCUGCCAACUCCAUGUCGACGGAGAGAUCGCCGAUGACCAGAGCACGGGCAUGGACAUCGACAUCUGCGGCGGCGUCUCUCCCGUAUUGGCGGGCAGCGUUCACUUCUUAUCGCUCGCCGAGCAAGAAGACGACGAGUUCGUCGACGUCUCUGGCGAUGCCUCGCCCGUAGCAACUGGGUCAUCUUGCAGAGAUGCGUCCUCAUCGGACAGCGACUCCGGCGACGACGACGAUGGGGAGAGCAGCAAGAAACCAGACACCGCAGGUCGUCCCACUGAAGCUGAGGCCACGGCAUCGCCAUUGGAGCAAGACAACGAACCGGCCAAGGGAGCAGCAGCAUCUCCAGCCACCCAGAUGAGGGAGCUCAUAGCCAUAGCGCAGGAGAAGCAGCAGCUCCAGCGACAGCGUGAGCGUCAGCUCGAGAGGAAGAGGGCGCGCGAGGCGUUGGAGGAGCUGGAGAGGAACGCGCGGCCGAUCAGCGACUGCAUAGACCCCAUGGACAUGCGGCUGCUCGGGCUGGACAAGGUGCAGUACAUCACCAGCACCGUGGAAUCCUCGGAGAGCUCGCGCCGCCCCGGCGGCCUGCUCCAGCAGCUCGGCUUCUUCCUCAAACCAGAGGAUCAUGGGAGCAUUGGAACAGAGCUUGUCUAGAGCUUGGUGGAGGGCAUCAUGGCAUACACCCAUGUAGGAGUUGUCACAUUGGGAUAGAUCAUGUUCUGAUCACCAUGGUCUGGUGUUUUUCUUCGAUUCUUUCAUUUGGUCUCAAGAUUGUGAGCCUUGUUUUGAGCAAGCUGUUCAGUGCGCUGUAAUUAAAACCAUCGAUUAA